UAAAACAGCAUUAGAACCUCUGGAAAGGUCUGCAUCAAAUUUCUAUACACGAGAGUUAUUUUUUAUAUUUCGACCAAUGCUUGUUAGGGCUGCAAGAAUGAAGGUUGUGCAAGAUGUGGCAUUUGAUUCAUUUGUACUUUAUACAAUAUCUAAAUAUGGAAGUCUAAAUAGUUCAUGGGAGGUGUCUGUGGAUAAUGAAAGGACGAAAUUUAAUUGUUCAUGCUUAAGGAUGGAUUCUUUUGGAAUUCCGUGUGAGCAUAUAGUUUGUGUGCUGGUGUUUCUUAACAUCCUUGAACUGCCAAAGUCUCUUGUGUUGACAAGAUGGUCGAAGAAUGCCAAGACAAGCACUUUUGAUUCAAGUGGCGUUACUUGGGAGUCUAUAAUAUUGAGUCAAUAUGGAUGCUUGAUGGAUUGGUGUCGGCAGCUAUCCUAUAUCGCUAGUCGAAGGCAGGAGAGAUUCCACCUUGUUCGAGAUACUGUUAUGAGCCUAAUCGAAGAUUUCAAGAUUGAAGAUGAACAAGAAAAGCAAGUUGGUGCGCAAGCUGAUGAUUCAGAUGGUAUUUUUCCUAAGAAUCCACAAAGUUGUAGGUCUAAGUGUCGUCCAGGUGAGAAGAUCAAACGAAAACCACAACGAUGUAGUAUUUGUCGCAUGGAAGGGCACAAUAAAAAAUCUUGUCCAUUGGCAAAGAACAUUCAGCAGCAGACCAAUGCAACUUCUUAUGGCAUAAAUAGGAACCAUGUUGAGAAAGGUUUAGAUGCAGAUGCAGAAAUGGAAUUUUGGGCAUCUGAUCUUGAAGAAGAUUAUGAAGAACAAGAGUUUUGGGCAGGAGAUUCUGAUGCAAGUGUCGACAUGGAACUUAGUGAAGAGUUCUCGAUUUAGUAUUAUAUAAAUUAUUAUUAUGUGAUAUUUGAAUAAAACUUGAGUAAUUGAACUUUGUGUAUGAAUUUUUAUG